GUUCGGCGAUGAGCCGAGAUAGCCAUCACAAUACGCUGCUGACCUAACAUUCAUCUGAAGCUCAUCUUCCAGCCACAACACAGAAAAUGCGUUUUGAAUUUCUAUGCGCGCUUAUCCUCAGCGUCAUCGCCAUCUCUGUUGCCAAUGAUGGUAAUAAUAAGGUCGCUCCGGAUGCGAAUGAAUCAUCCCGACUAUUCGUCUACAAUGGCAGUUUCUCAUUCACCACGUUCACGGUGCUUAAAGCAUCCACCACCACUACUUCCACCCUAACCAGCACCACCACUUGCACUACCUCUUCGGCCACUUUGACCACCUGCACCAUCGGCCGCCGUCGUCGCGGUCUCUUUUACGACGAAGCCGCUGCCCAGGGUCGUGACCGCCGCGGACUUUUCUACAACGACGAAGAAGUCGCCAGCCAGGACGGUAGCGCUUUCCUUCCUGCUGUCGCUAGGAGUAACCCUGUUGAUGAAGUCCAGUCCAAACCAACUGCUGACGAGACUUUGCUUCCGUUGGAGGUGGAAUCCGGCUUUGAGUUGCCAAAAGAUAGCCCAGUCAAUCGCUUCCUGGUAUCAUUUGGCACAUCAACCCUGACAUCUUACGUGGUCACGACUUCAACUGUCAGCCUGACGGCCUUCUGCAGCAGCACGAGCGGCUUCUCGCUCUGCGGAACACCAGGGAAGAAAUAAUGGUCGCUUUGAAAAAAAUAUUUUUGCAAUUCAGUGAGUUAGUCGCCACGCAUCUUAUAAACAAAAAGCCAUGAACAUUAUUGUUAACCAAUUCUGAGGUAGUGCACAAUUUUAUAGCAAAUCAUUUCACAAAAAAAUUAUUUAUGAAACAAACCAACAAACAGGAUUAUUAUGUCUAUUCACGUAUCUUU